UAACCAAGACAUCCCACCUUCAAAGCAAGAAAACACUGCAAGCUUUCCCACUUUAGACUACACAGAAAAAAAGUGUCGGCAAAAAAAGCUCUCUUCUUGGGCUUUGUGCUUUUCGGAAAACUGACAUUGUGAGCUGCUUGAACUGGUGGCGCCACCGUCCCUUAUGAGCCACACAAUGCUGCGUCACGGUAGCUUUGGCCGCAGGUUUUUUAGCAUUUGGUUUUUGUUGAAGUGUUUGGUUGUUUCAGCUCAGGUUCAGAAACGUGUUCCGGACCUGCAUUGGUACCCCGCCACCGCCACCUGGUACGGCGACCCCGAGGGCGAUGGUAGCACCGGUGGGGCAUGUGGGUACGGGUCCUUAGUGGACGUGAAGCCAUUGAGGGCCAGGGUUGGUGCAGUGAACCCAAUACUGUUCAAGAAUGGCGAAGGAUGUGGGGCAUGUUACAAGGUUAGGUGCCAAGACAAGAGCAUAUGCUCGAGACGUGCCGUGACCAUAAUAGUCACAGACGAGUGUCCCGGAUGCUCCGGUGGGCGCCACUUUGACCUCAGUGGCGCAGCCUUUGGACACAUGGCUGUAGCCGGUGAGGGUGGUCCGCUCAGGAACCGAGGUGAACUACCAGUCCUUUACCGAAGGACACCAUGCAAGUAUCGUGGAAAGAACAUUGCCUUCCAUGUGAAUGAAGGUUCAACAGAUUAUUGGCUGUCACUUCUAGUGGAAUAUGAGGGCGGAGAUGGAGACGUGGGGUCAAUGCAUAUAAAAGAAAGUGGUUCUACAGAGUGGCUGCCGAUGAAUCAUAUAUGGGGUGCAAACUGGUGCAUAAAUGGGGGACCCAUAAAGGGGCCAUUUUCUGUAAAGCUAACAACACUAUCAACAGGAAAAGCUCUCUCCGCCAAAGAUGUCAUUCCAAGUAAUUGGUCACCAAAAGCCACAUACACCUCUCGCCUAAAUUUCUUCCCCUAAACCCCAAUAUUAAUGGUGUUUUGACAAAGCAGCUGGGAGAUAAAACAAUAAUCACUUUCUUGAGCACUUUUAAUGCCAAGAAAGGCUCGAUCUCUCCCCCCACCCCUAGUCCCCAUGACCAAAAAAGUAACCGUUGUCUGUUUGGCCUUGUUCUUUUUUGAAAGGAAAGUAGCAGUUGGAGUGCAUCUUUUGGCAUCCAAUGCUCUUUUCUUUUUUCUUUACUUUCGUAGUGUGUUUUAACCGUGUAGUAGAUGUGUAGCCCUCUCCAAAGGAGAGAGAGCGUAUUUUUAGUUUUUAUAUGUUAAUGUUGGUCAGUUGGUGUGAGAGCUUGUGAUUGUAUUUGUGGGUCCUGUAGUUUUUAAUGAAUUUGGACCGUUGAAUGCAGCA